AUGGCGAACGAGGACCUCAUCACCCUGACCUACCAGGAUCGCAUCGCGACCAUCACAUUCAACCGCCCCGAGAAGCUAAACGCUCUCAAUGCGGACCUCUAUUACCUGCUAGGCGAGCGGUUACGCGAGAUCGAGAAACGAGAUGAUAUCUUCAUCACGAUCCUGACAGGAACCGGCCGCUUCUUCUCCGCCGGAGCAGAUGUAACCUCCACACGCCCCGGCGGCGACCUCAACAGCGACACCCGCCGUGAAAUCACCCGCAGCUUCGUCAUCAACAACCUCGACCUCACCCGCGCCGUCUACAACCACCCCAAGAUCCUGGUGGCUGCUCUCAACGGCCCCGCCGUCGGCCUCUCCGCCGCCCUCGUCGCCUUUGCCGACUUCAUCUACGCCGCCCCGCACACCUUCCUCCUGACCCCGUUCGCCUCGCUCGGCCUUGUCGCCGAGGGCGGUGCCUCCCGCGCCUUCGUCGAGCGCCUCGGUAUCGCAAAGGCAAACGAGGCCCUCAUCAUGAGCAAGCGCAUCACCUGCGACGAGCUUGUCGCCACCGGUUUCGUGAACAAAGUCAUCGCCGCGCCCUCCGGCAAACCGGAGGACUCCGCCGGCUUCCUGAAGAAGGUACUCGAGGAGGUCGACGACCGCCUGGGCACGCAUCUGAACCAGUCGAGUAUGCUGCAGAUCAAGGAGCUGAUCCGCCGCCCGGAGCGCGAGCUGCUCGACCGCCAGAAUACGUAUGAGGUGUUUGCGGGCAUGGAUCGCUUUGUCAAGGGCUAUCCGCAGGAGGAGUUUCGGAGAUUGGCCUCCGGUGAGAAGAGGCAUAAGUUGUAA